AAAGGGACUAAAUAAAUUAAGCAAAUGACAAAUCCUUAAUAAAAGUUUAGGUGUUGAAGGCAUCGUUGGACCAAAAACGAAAUCAAUAAACCCCCCGAACUCUUUCUCAUCAUCAUCAGCAGCAGCAAACCACUAAAUUUCACUCACAAACUUUCCGUUUAUAUUCUUACAAGUACAGCAGCAGUGAGAUUGUGGAAGCCAAAAUGUCUUCACUUUCAAAUUCAUCCCUUCUUCUAUCCAACACCCAUCAUUUCUCUUCUUCUUCCGGUUCCUCUUUACAGAAGUGUGAUAACGGGAUUAUCAAAGUACCAAUUCGGCAAUUGGUCCCAUCCAAAAGGACAUUAUCUAUCCAAGCAAGAUACAGUGAUGAAGAAAGAUCAAGCAGUGGGAGUGCCUUCAUUGGUGGCUUUGUUCUAGGAGGUUUGUUUGUUGGCACACUCGGCUGCAUUCUCGCCCCUCAGAUAAGCAAGGCGUUAGCUGGAACCGACAAAAAGGAGUUACUGAAGAAGCUGCCAAAUUUCAUUUAUGAUGAAGAAAAAGCCUUGGAGAAAACCCGUCAAAAGUUGGCGCAGAAGAUAGCAGAGUUGAACUCUGCUAUAGAUGAUGUGUCGUCUCAGUUAAAGUCAGAUGAUGACGAGCCUGUUGCUAAUGGUGUUGUUCCUGACGAAACCGAAGCUCUUGCCUAAGGAUAUCAGUCUCAUGGUCUUGUUGUGCAUCUUUGUUGUCACAGAUAUUUGGUACUGAAGUUUUUAAUUAUAAAACUUUUAAUUUAGUCAUACAUGUGGUCUUUUUGUUGUUACUGUGUGUGUCCAUACUUUUGGAUGUUACAAUUUGUGAGUAUUAGGGUGAUGGCGGGCUUGUAAUGGAUCAGAUGUGGUAGUCAUGGUUUAAUAAAUCAUCUAAGCGAACGCGCUUUCAGGCGCUUCUCCUA